UCUACGGGGCGGGCCGUGCUACGCGCGUCGUAGCACCUUUCAGUGAAAUUAUUUAUUUUUAAUUAAUAAAAGAACGUUUGCAAUGCGUUGAUUUAAGCGUGAUCUGUGACGCGUGAGGCAGUGUGCAAAUGUCUUUGUCCAUUCACACAAAAUGUGUUAAUUAUUAGUUUGGUUGUGCAGUGUAUUUGAUUGCAAUUUUCGGUGCAAAUGACGACUCUAUGUGUUUGGGGUGUAUGGCGCAUUCUUCAGAUGGUGCGCCGACCGCGUGUGAUUCAUAUAUUGCUGCAAAGUAUACUCGCUGACGUCAUGCAUCUGCGAAAGAUGUCUUAAUGACGCUAUGUCCAAGAAACAUUCGCCGCAACCAAAGCGAUCAGAGGCUCUCAGCGGACGUCUGUCUAAGUCGGCGUCAGAGCUGUCAUGUGCUGCGCCAGUGCAAGCGUCCCCGCCCCGCGCCCGCUCCGCGCACCACCACACCCCCCUCUCUGUUGUGCACAGGACACAUCAUUUCUUUAGCAAUUUGAAGAACCGUUGGCAACGCAGCAAAAGUCGGGAGCGAUGUCCAGCGGGGACCGCUCUCUCCGUGGCCCCUGGGCCCGACAGCAGUGGGACAGAAUACGCCGACCAUAGCUCUGAACACAGCACACCAGCUAACUCACCCCGACAUAGAUUGCGGAAAGAUCAGUCGUUGACUCGCCAAGCCUCAAUAGACCCCGUGCCAUCGACGUCAAUAACACCAUCUCACUGCGGCCGGCCGCCGGUUGAGUUACUACAAUUGGAACCAGACGAAGGCCAGCGAUUGAGGGAACAGCAAUUAAGACAAUUCGCGUUCUUCCAGCUUCGAAUACAUUUGAAGAGGGGACAAAAUUUAGUGGCCAUGGACAAAAACGGUUUGUUGUCAGGAACAAGCGACCCAUAUGUAAAGUUCAAAGUGGGGGGGCGGCUGCUGCAUAAGUCCAGGAUUGUAUAUAGAGACUUAAACCCAGUGUGGGAUGAGUGCUUCACAGUUCCGAUUGAGGAUCCCUUCCAGCCAGUCCAAUUAAAGGUAUUCGACUACGACUGGGGCUUACAAGACGACUUCAUGGGAUCCUGUUAUUUAGAUCUAACUGCGCUGGAGUUAGGUCGUUCUCAAGACCUAGUACUCUGUUUACGAGACCCAAAUAAACUGAAUCAGGACAUGGGGGAGAUCGUUUUAAACGUCACUUUGUAUCCCAAAUCACAAGAGGAUAAAGAGCAGUACCUCCUAAAGAACACGCGCUUAAGUGACGUGAACAAGCGGCUAAAAGCUCAAAUAUGGAGUUCCGUAGUGACUAUCGUGCUGGUGGAAGCCAAGAACCUCCCACCCAUGGAUCUGGACACGAGAUCGAGUGACCCUUACUGCAAGUUUAGGUUAGGUAACGAAAAAUACAAAAGCAAGGUUGUAUGGAAAUCUCUACAUCCAUCCUGGUUGGAGCAGUUUGACCUGCACCUGUAUGAUGAUCAGGAACAGAUACUGGAAGUCACUGUAUGGGAUAAAGAUAAGCAGACGAAAGACGACUUCUUGGGAAGAUGUACAAUAGACCUAUCAAAAUUAGAAAGAGAAAAAACUCACAACAUAUGGAAGGAUCUAGAAGAUGGAAAUGGGCAGAUAUUUUUACUCCUAACUAUAAGUGGUACCACUCAAUCUGAAACUAUUACUGACCUGGCUAGCUAUAGAGAAAACCCUAGGGAUAUACAGAAUAUCGAAAAAAGAUAUGCGUGGUUCCGCCUCAACGAACAAUCCAGCGGUGUUGGAUGGCUGUGUGUUAAAGUGUAUGGCGCUAAGGGCUUAGCAGCUGCCGACUUGGGCGGUAAAUCUGAUCCGUUUUGUGUCCUGGAGUUGGGCAAUGCAAGACUACAAACGCACACAGAGUAUAAGACGCUGACGCCAAAUUGGAUGAAGAUAUUCACUUUUACAGUCAAAGACAUAAGUUCCAUUUUAGAAAUAACGGUAUAUGAUGAGGAUCACGACCAUAAAGUCGAGUUUUUGGGUAAACUGGCAAUACCGUUGUUAAAUAUAAGAAAUGGGGAGAAAAGGUGGUUUGCGCUAAAAGACAAGAAGAUGCGAGCUAGAGCAAAAGGAAACUAUCCACAAAUUCUAUUGGAAAUGUCUGUGAUUUGGAAUCCGUUAAAAGCAGCUAUACGAGUAGUAAAUCCGAAAGAGCCUAAGUACAUGCACCAAGAAGCUAAAUUCAAAAGACAAUUAUUCAUUCGUAACGUCAUGCGACUAAAGGCCAUCAUCAUGUGGUUCAUUGAAGUUGGGAAAAUAUUACAGGACUGUUUCGAAUGGGAAUCAAAAAUAUUGUCUUUCAUUGGUCUUCUAGCAUGGCUUGCCUUCUGUUACUACUACGAAAUGUGGAUGUUGCCAUUUCUAAUGCUCGUAUUCUUCGCAAGGAAUUGGCUUAUAUAUAGAUUGACGGGUGGCAACCCAUUAUUGCUACCAGUGGACGAUGAUGAUUUACUGGCUGAAGAAGAUGAUGAAGAAGAAGUGGAUAAGGAAGAGAAGAAGUCAUUAAAAGAGAGGCUUCAAGCGAUACAAGAAGUGACGCAAACUGUGCAAAACGCGAUUGGAUAUGUCGCGUCUUUAGGAGAAGCUGUUAAGAACCUAAUGAACUUCACGGUGCCAUAUCUUAGUUACUUAGCAAUAAUUAUGCUUUUCGGAGCGAUGACAGUGUUGUAUAUGAUACCUUUAAGAUAUUUACUAAUGGCGUGGGGUGUUAAUAAGUUUACGAGAAAGAUUUUAAGACCGCACACAAUACCAAAUAACGAAGUGUUAGACUUAUUAUCCAGAGUACCAGAUGACGAAACAUUGUUGGACGUUCGAGAAUUAAAACCUCACGCACCGAGCGAGCGACGCGACGCAAGAAAGAAACACAAGGCAUCGUAGCGUUCGCUAAAGAUUCGUCGACGAAUCAAAGAAUACAUGGAAUCUCUAGAAAAUUAAUAUAAUUAUGUACAUUUGUUAUUUUUAUUGGGUUUUGUAACAAAGAGGUGUUAUUCUCUUGUUAUAUGAUAGCUGGUAACUGGUUUGGUGGUUUACCUUAUGGUAAGUAAUCAACACCGCCCAUGAACAUUUUCGGGGUUUAGGAAUGGAACGGGAAUAAAGGAAAGGAUUGAAAAGGGUCAGGAAAAGGAUACGGGCCUCCAGCUCCCCCACUCACCGAGCGAAACACGGCGUGGUACGACCCUAGUGGAAACUUGCACAAUUCGUGCCGAAGCGUACUCAACUCCUACACUCGACGUAAUAUAUUGUAAUCUUAUGAGAAUGUUAAACUUAAUCGCGAAACAACUAAACGUAACAAAUGCACAAAGAAAAUCAUUUAUAUUUCAAAGAACGAUUAAUUGCUAUGUAUGCUAGCUAGGAUUUAUACUUGGCGUAUAUCAAAAUU